UGCAAGCGCAAGGACCCAAGUUCAAUCCGUGGUACCAAAAAAAAGAACACACCGAAUUGGAACACAUUAAAUAGGUGGAUUGUAUGGUUUGCAAAUUAUAUCUCAAUAAAGGUGCUAGGAAACAGUUAUAAAGCACAUAAAUACAUCCCAAGGUGGGGAAAGGUGUGCAACAUGACCCACUCUUUGGAAAGCAGAGGCCGUCUAGGUCCUAAAGGUGAAACUGAGGCAUUCAACAGUUCUGCUUGCUUCACAGUUUUGUCACAGACCAGCCUUCACAUGGCCCCUGACAGAAGGCCCCAGGCGAGACUCCGUGACGUCAGCAUCUGACCUCUAUGACACAGGCUCUCGCAGCCCCAGGAAAUGGGGCCCUCCGCUCCCGCUGAGGGUGGCAAGGCUGCCCCUUAGACCAAGUCUCAGUCUCAGAGGCUUUUUCCUGCUGACCCCACUGCUGCCGUGGCUGCUGGGUGUGACACGCCAUCUCGGCCAGGGCCUGACCAAUCUAGAGGACCUCAGCAUUAGGGGGGACAGGUGGUCAGGGGACCAGUGACCAGAAUCCAGGAGUCGGGAUUAGGAGGCCAAACCCGGGUCACACAGAGGGCCUCUGGCUGGCUGCAGGGGGCCGAGGACAACUCAGACAGAAUCGGGUCAGGGUCCUGGGGCCCUGUCUCCUUCUCAGUGCCAUCCAGAUAAUCACCGCCACCCCUCAGCUCCCAAGAGGCAGCUCUGACUCUGCGAUCCUAUGUAUGCUUCAUCAGCAGCUGACGCAAAGAUGUGAGAGACGCAAAGAGGCUUGGACUGAGGCUCCCACCUGAGCGCUCUGAGAGCUCAGCAGAACCUCACACCAUGAGGCCGGUGCCUCCUUGGCCUACGCCACUGCCACGGGCAGCAACCUCACCUGGAGCCCCAUGCCUGCCAGAAGACCGCCUUGAUAUCCUGACUCUGCUAGGUUUCUAAUCCCUGUGUUGUCACCCAGUUCCUUCCAGAAUCAAGGCAAUGUUGCCUCAAAACCAGGACCAGUUGCUGCUACAGAACACAUUUUCUCCUGCGUGUCCCGCUUGGGGCCUCUCACAGCUAGUGGACUCCCCUAGCCCCAACCUCCGACCUCGCUCUCAGCAUCAGUCUCUCCCUUCCCCCUACCCACCGCUCUCCUCUUCCCCAAAGUCCCAACCCCCGUUCUCCUUUCCUCCAUGGGCCCCUCUUCCAGCCCCCUUCUACUCUUCCGAUGCUAAUCCUGACUUAGCUCCACACUUCUAUUCUCUCCCAAGUCCCCCCGCAUUUUUUCAGCAGAGUCACCCUUACAUCUGCCUUCCACAUAGCUCUUGUCCCUCAAACCACUGCUGGCUGUACGCUCCUCUUCCCCAAUCCUCCUCUCCUUCCCAGCCUCCGAAGCCCUCUCCCUGCCCCCACAGCCGGUUUCCUGGCCACCCUGAAGACCUCCCUAGCUCCUGGCUCAUGUCCCCCAGCCCCGGCCUCGCUUCUCCAGGGGUCUGCUGUAAUAGGCAGGCUUGGCACUGGUGGGGCAUCGGGUCCCCUGGGGUGGUAGCGGGAUGUGUGCCAGGCAAGAGGAACCCUGCAGAGUUCAGGGACCCAGGGGCCCUGGUGGCCCACCUGGGGCUGUGCUGCAUCGCGCACGACCUGCAGCUACUACUUUUGCGGCAGGUUUUUCUCAGCAGAACCAGCCGGGCCCCCAUUGUGGAAUAUCCCAUAUGCCUGGUGUGCCUCCAGCCCCGAAGGCCUUCUUGUCCUAUCCCCAGGUACAGAACUGGACCCCGGCCGCUUGCCUUCCCUGAACUACUGCCCUGCGCUCCUGGCCAGGAAUCUGGGCCACUCCGAAUGGCCAUCGGCUUUGGCCUCCACCUGGCUGUGGGCUAGGCCAGGGCCUUGAAUCUGUUGCCAAAAAGAAGGCCAGAGGAAGUAGGGCCUCAGGGCAAGGCCACUCAGUCCCCUCCGGGUCAGGCACCAGCAGCCCACAUCCCAGGGGCUCAGGGCCAGGCAGACCCAGCCCCAGGCACACACUCCCAGGCCAGGAGCCUCAGGUCUGCAGGUCUUCAAACACCAGACUCCACCCACGGAAGCUCAGGGCCUCCACCUCAGGCCCCAAAGCCCAGGCUUUCUCCAGCCCUAAACUGGCCUGCCAGUCCAGAGCCUUUUCUCCAAAAAUUCCCAUCCUAGUUCCAGAACUACGGAGGAUCCCUGGAACUCCCCCUCCAGACCGUAGCCUCUCCACCAGGCCCCAGAGCUCAGGGAGCCCCCGAGACACCCUAAGGGCUGGCCGGCCGGAGGUCAGGUAUGUUCUCCUGUCCUGAACCCUGGAAACCCCCUGUGGAGUCUUCUCUCCCCUGGCUGAAGAGGACUUAAGGGCACUGGAGGCCUCAUUCAGCCUUCAGUAUAUCCAAUAAAGCUUGACCCUGUAAACCUUCUGUCUGUGUCCUGCUGGGCCCACAGAAUUCAUGGCUACAGCUACAAGGGUGCUAGUCUCCAACAAGGCACCUGGGGUGGGGUGUCAGGAAACAGAGGGGCUUGGGACAGCAGACGCCCUGUAUCCAGGAGGGAAAGGAACCCAUAAGGCCCUAGGACCUGAGGUACACAAGGGCUCAGCCAGGCCCUUAUGGUUUAAUUCCGUUUUGUGGGACAGACACUGGUGUCCCCAAAGAUGAAGCCACAGGGCCUGAGGGUACUGAAGAUACUGCAGCCCUUGUGUCUUUACAGGGAUUUCUAGUGCUUAUCUGUAGGGAAUCAAGGGGACUCAAGCACAGAUCAGAAACCCCAAGAUCCCCACAGGACCGUGGGGUGUCAGGGACAGAAGACAUCUGUCAGGGAACCUGAGAUAUUUCCUAGGUUGUCAGAGGGUAGUGGCUGCCACCCAUAAGCUGCAGUUGCAUGAGUGGAAAUGUGAAACCACUAGAAGGAAAUGGUGGACUCUGCCAACAUAAAGGAUAGGUGUUGUAUUAAGGUGGAGUGUGGUUUCUUUAUACGGUAAAAAAAUACUUUAGUUAGCUUAUG